UGCGUGCGAGGGGGGCGACGUAAGGGCGCUCCGCGAGCCCGUCUCUCCUCGAAUGAAAGGAAACAACCUCCGGCGACAGAGCCCCGCUCCCAGGCGCUGCCGGAGAACCGACACCGACUUCUUUCUCUUUCCCCUCAUUGGCGCUUCUCCCCUGCCGUUCGCCUCUGGGCCCCGCCGCAUUUCUUGAGGCUUAAAGUGGCAUUCUAAAAGCAAUUUAAAAAUCAUGUCAAGCUCAGUUGAACAGAAAAAAGGGCCCACAAGACAGCGCAAAUGUGGCUUUUGUAAGUCAAAUAGAGACAAGGAAUGCGGACAGUUACUAAUAUCUGCAAACCAGAAGGUGGCAGCGCACCAUAAGUGCAUGCUCUUUUCAUCUGCUUUGGUAUCAUCACACUCUGAUAACGAAAGUCUCGGUGGAUUUUCUAUUGAAGAUGUCCAAAAGGAAAUUAAAAGAGGCACGAAGCUGAUGUGUUCUUUGUGCCAUUGUCCUGGAGCCACAAUUGGUUGUGAUGUGAAAACCUGUCACAGGACGUACCACUACCACUGUGCAUUGCAUGAUAAAGCUCAAAUACGAGAGAAACCUUCACAAGGAAUUUACAUGGUGUAUUGCCGAAAACACAAGAAAACCGCACAUAACUCUGAAGCUGAUUUAGAAGAAAGUUUUAAUGAACAUGAACUGGAGCCCUCAUCACCUAAAAGUAAAAAGAAAAGUCGCAAAGGAAGGCCACGAAAAACCAAUUUUAAAGGGCUGUCGGAAGAUACCAGGUCUACAUCCUCCCAUGGAACAGAUGAAAUGGAAAGUAGUUCCUAUAGAGAUAGGUCUCCACAUAGAAGCAGCCCUAGUGACACCAGGCCUAAAUGUGGAUUUUGUCAUGUAGGGGAGGAAGAAAAUGAAGCCAGAGGAAAACUGCAUAUAUUUAAUGCCAAGAAGGCAGCUGCACAUUAUAAGUGCAUGCUGUUUUCUUCUGGCACAGUCCAGCUCACAACGACAUCAAGGGCAGAAUUUGGAGAUUUUGAUAUUAAAACUGUACUUCAGGAGAUUAAGCGAGGAAAAAGAAUGAAAUGUACACUUUGCAGUCAGCCCGGUGCUACUAUUGGAUGUGAAAUAAAAGCCUGUGUUAAGACUUACCAUUACCACUGUGGAGUACAAGACAAAGCCAAAUACAUUGAAAAUAUGUCACGAGGAAUUUACAAACUAUAUUGUAAAAAUCAUAGUGGAAAUGAUGAGAGAGAUGAAGAAGAUGAGGAACGAGAGAGUAAAAGCCGGGGAAAAGUAGAAAUUGACCAGCAGCAACUAACUCAGCAGCAACUUAAUGGAAACUAGGUAUGAACGUUACUUCUCUCGGAUCUGUUGUCAGGAUACAAUACUCACUGAUAAAUAACAUGUUGGAGUAAUGGUAUAUGCAGUAUGAUUUUUUUAAUGCUAUUAUGUUUAGUUAAGCAUGUUCCUAGAAUGCUAAAGGAUUGUGUAGGCUUGCAUAGUUUUUUUAACUAGCUGAUUUUGUACCAGUAAAACCAAGCUCUCCACUUUAUCCAUAAGUAUAGUUGUAAUGUCAAACCGAUAAGAUGUUCUCGCUCCUCAAUAACAUUAUAUUUAUUGUGUUCCCCUCAAGCAUCAUAUUUUACAAUUUUUUAUCAUCUUUUGAACAGGUUCAUGGGACAGAGUUAGAAAACUGGGAAUUGAAUAAGACAUCCAUAACUACUAUGCUUUUUUCACUGUUUUCUAAAAUCAAAAAGGGUUUGUAACUUUUUACUGCCCAACUCUUAGAUCCUUCAUUGAACCGCCUAAAAACGUCUUUUGUUUGUUUUAUGAGCCUUCACUAGAUGGCAGAAUUUGACAUGUUGCUAUUACGUAGCUGUAGUUUGCAGUUUCUGGGAAGCAAUUGAAACACUAUUAACCCUGUGUUUAGUGUCGACAGUUAAAGCAGACAUUGAAAUGAAGUAAGCUAUAUUUCUGGACUGAACAAAGUUCUACUGUUUAGAGUGUCUAAGUUUGUUUAGUGGAUUCAUACUCAAGGGAGAGCAUAAGCAAAUUUCACUUUACAGUGCAAACACGCCUCUGGUGGCGACACAUGGGAAUUUGUGCUUUUUUUUUUUUUUUUGCUUUUUUUUUUUUUUUUUCCACACUCAAGUAAUGGAUACUAGAAAUGAAGAGAACCUUCUUUUUCUCUUGGCUUUGACAGCACAUGCUAAAAAUCUCUUCCAAGAAGUGUGCUAAAGCUUUUCAUUUCGUCCCUGUUAAAGUUGUUCUCACUGACCAGCAUGCACUCGGGCAACUGGUGAUAAGUUAUGAGCUCCGGUGCGCCUCUGCCAAACUUCUCUUGACAGUAAACCUCUUCUCUUAUCAUGUCAUACAAAGAACUUCUAGCAAAAUUAUUGGAUCCUCUCAAGUUGAAACUAACAUUUGGCAACAGCAAAUUGAACCUCUUUAAGAUGUAAAGGGUUACCACUCACUAAGGACUUAAGCCACCAUGUCGGAAAUCGAUUCCUCUCAAGUGCCGUGUGGUGUGGAACACUUCAUAUAUUGGCCCAGAGUAUGUAAGGAGGUCUCAUGUGCUGUAGGAGUCAAAAAACAGCCUGCAGAAAACAGUAUUUAUUUUUAAUUUUGUGACCACUAUUUUAAAAAAAAAAUUAUUUAAUAUUUUUAAUGUUUUCGUUCAUUGCUUUGCUUAUCUAUCAAAUAGGCUUUCGUGCCCUCCUUUUCUUCUGGUAGGGCCUGGUGUUGUUUUUUCGAUCAUCGAAGUUGUUUUUCGAAGCCUAAGAACCCAGCUGUUUAGAAAGGAUUUUCACACUGGCAUUCCCAGCUCGUGAUAUUUUCUCCCACUUACCUGCUGAAGCACAUUUAUAUAUUUCUUUAUGGCAAAACCAAAAAACUUUAGUUGUGGUCUGCCUAAUAUUACCAUAGCACCUCAAUAUUCAAAGGUAGGGCUUCUGAUUUCUGAAUUAUUAGUUAACCUACCACAUUAAAGCAAAUUAGCAAACAAGAAAUACCGUGUUAACUUGACUGUGCAUCGAGAUAUUCUGCAGCUUAUGGAAAAGCAUUUUUAAAAUGUAACAGGUGGAAAAUUACACUGUGCUUAAUGACUGAUUUUUUUUUUUUUAACCGCUAGUCCCUUAAGGUCACAUUUGUCGAGUGUGUAUUCACUUAAGUCAAGGGACUUGAUGAUUGCUUUAUUUUAACCAUCUUUUAUUAUUUUUAGAAGGAAACUAGCUUUAGUGGGGUUGCCCUAUAUGUUUUUCUCCUUUUGCUCUAAAUAUGCCAUUGGGUGUUGUGUUUUUUUUUUUUUUAUGUUGUGUGUAUGUGAUGAAUUUUCAAAAUUCACCAUGACUUGAAGUGCAACGACAGAUCUAGAUGUUUGUUUACCAAGCUAUGUGACUUUUCCCAAAGGAUCUGUACUUUAUUUCCUUACAACAGCUUGAAACCUGUUAUUUUAAAUCUUUGAAUCACUGUGUCUUGAUCAUUUUUACAUGGUGUGCCAUACACUUACCCACGGAACAAUAGAGCACCUUCAUUUUUGGACAACUACUGUAAUGAUGUUCUUAGGAAAAAUGGAAGGUGCCGGGGUAAAAAUGGCCAGUCGAUGAUCAUAUCAUGGACUUCAAAUACUUAGCUGUCAGUCGACGGAUUUGCUAUGUAAUCAAGUGUAUACCUUUGUAUGGGUGUCUUCAACCCUUUCUCUGCCACUAGCAACCAGAAUAGCACUUUACCUUUUGGUUGGCUAGAAUAAGUGGCUGGCUACCUAUCUUUCUCACUGUGGUGUGAUUGGCUAAACAGUCUUUCAUUAAAAGUUGAAAUGAAAUGUAAAUUGAAGUCACAUGAAAAAUCACCUUUGGUUGUAAACCUCCGAUACUUUGAUUCUCCAUCCAUGUCUUCGUCACAUGCUGAGUAAAAAGUGCCUUACAAUGUAAAAAUUGUACAGUACUUAUGUUCCCAAGUAGCAGCAUCAUCUUCUGGGUAGUAAUUACAUUGUGGUAUGAAUAUUUAGAAAAAUGGACCUCAGCAGUGUAUUUACUGUUCAUCUCUUAAGUCCUUAACCGUAGUUUUAAUAAGCAUGACAUUAUUUGAUAAGUAUAUAACACGUACGUCAUUUCCAAAAAUACUGCCAUGACUGUCUUUUACGCAUAUUUUAGCUUGAAAUUUUGAAGCGUCUUUUCUUUCCUUUUUUUUCCCCUCUGUUUUGUUUUGUUUUCGUUAUUGAUAUUCAACAGUGUAAUCUUUGCAAGCGUAUAUUGAAGAUUAUUCUGGAGCAUUUAUUGCCUUACCAGAACUGUUAGUAAGAAAUGUUCUUUAGAGUAGAAAGAUAGACUUGAGUUUCUAUACUUUAAUAAGAGCUCUUUGUUCCUGGGGGGAGGGGGAGGGGGUGUGAAUUUUACUUUUCAUCUCAAUUUAUUAAAAACCCACAGCUGAAAUACAUUUUAUUUCAAAGAUCAGCAAUUUUAGAAUUUCAGAUAGUACUUGCUCAGGAGUACGUGCUACUCAAGAUAUUAAGAGAAUAACAAGAUAUGUAGAUCUACUGUUGAAUCAGAAUCUAUGUACUUGAACAAAUGUGUGAAUCUUAAAUAUCUCAAAGAAAAAGAAAAGUGUUCUAGAAUGUUGUUGCUUUUUUGAAAAGCACUAAAGGUUAGACCAAGGUAUACAGUUUUGUUCUAACAGACAUUUAGGUUAACUGUAAAGAUAAGGAAUGCAUUAUGGGUCAAAAUCAAACAUUCCUCUCAUGUUAUGUAUAUUUUGUUCCUGUUAUAUUGGCUUUAUUUUCAAAAUUGUAGUUUGUAGUAUUAGUUUCCUUUUAUUGGUAUUCUUGCAUAUACUAUUCAUUCAAUAAAUGAGUUAUGACUUUCA